UUUGGUAAAGACCUUGGUGUUUAAAAAGAAAUAAUCAAUUGUGAAGUACUGUGUGUAUUUUGGUGUGUUUAAAUAUUGUAAAUAUUAACAUUAUUUGUCACUUUUGCCGGAAGGGGGUAAGUGCCAUUUAUUUUUGUAAAUAUCUUUUUUUCUCCUGGUUUUUGGUAUAGUUAGGGAGUUAGGUCAGUUUAUUUCUUUUACUUUUAGGGUAAGGUAGAUUUGAGGCCUGAGAUAGUAUUGGGUUUUGUUUGUUAUUUUGGCCUUUGCUUACCCCUGGAGAAAUGGCUCUUGUGUUUGGUUUGUGUACUUUGUAAAUAUUUGUAAAUAGCAAUACAAUUUCUGCAUGGCCUAUGGUGUGUUUUUUUUAAAAACCCUUAGACAAAAAUGUAACAAUUGGGGGCUCGUCCUAACUUUUUGGCUGUUUACUUUUUUUUCGUACGGGCGAGAGUGUGGUACAGAGUGUUAGAAUGGCGUUUAGCCUGGAGAAAUUUGUCAUGUCACCGUCUGUAGAGGCUUUGGAGACGUGUAGGAAAGCUGAUUUGUUGUGUGUGGGAGAGUUUUAUAAGGUGUCUUUGCCCCGCUCUGCAAGGAAGGCUGAGAUUAGAGAUGUUUUAAUCAGCAAAUUAUGUGAAAUUCAACGGUUGCCAGUGUCCCCUGAUACAGGGACUCCUGCUAUGGUUGAGGCUGCUGUUUCAUCUGGGGUGAGUGGUGCUGGUGUUGCCUUGAGUGAACUAGGUGCAUCUUCAGUGGCAGAGGCUGCUGAGCAUUCACCAGGAACACAAAAAGGCAUAGAUCCAGUUGUUACCCUGCCUGUUGAGGGCCUCCUUACUGAUUUGAGCAUGGCAAUCAGAUUAAAGGAGUUAGAUCUCGCCAUUAAGAAGCAGGAGUGUGAAACCCAGCAUCUGCGGGUUCGUGCUCUGGAAUUAGAGGCAAAUAGCCGAAAUUCCUCCUCUGGCAUACCUACUACACGGUCUGCUGAGUUUGAUAUAAGUAAGCAUAUCUCUCUAGUGCCUCCAUUCAGGGAGUCUGAGGUUGACUCCUACUUCACUGCCUUUGAGCGUGUGGCUUCGACUUUGCACUGGCCGAAAGACAUGUGGCCCUUACUUCUCCAGUGUAAACUGGUCGGUAAGGCACAAGAGGUCUGCUCCUCCCUUACUGUUGAACAAAGCCUUGAGUAUGACACUAUAAAGGCAUCUGUUCUCCGAGCAUAUGAGUUGGUGCCUGAGGCCUACCGACAGCGUUAUCGGUCCCACCAAAAGUCAAGGGAUCAGACUUUUGUUGAGUUCGCUCGAGAAAAAACAGCAUUGUUUGAAAAAUGGUGUAGUGCUUCCAAGGUAGCUACUUUUGCCCAGUUAAAAGAACUGAUUUUGCUGGAAGACUUCAAAAACUCUGUGCCUGAAGUAAUUGUAGUUCAUUUAAAUGAGAAAAAAGUGGCCAAACUGUCAGAAGCAGCUGUCUUGACAGACGAGUUUGUCUUGACGCACAAAAUGGUUUUCCCUGCAGUGACUGCCUCAUCACAUGUGGUUAGUAGUAAGGACAAGAGAAGUCAGGGUGGUUGGUCCCAUACAGCUCGUACAUUUGAGAGAUCACCAAGAAGAGAGAGGUCCCCUCCCAAGCCUUCUGGUGAGUCCUCAUUUACCUCUGAAAAGCGUGUCUGUUUUUAUUGUAGACGUCCAGGCCACUUGAUCGCAGAUUGUACUGCCUGGAACAGAAAAAAAGACAAACCAAAAAGUGUAGCUUGUUUGUCUGCCACCAGUGCUAGUGAUCCUGAAACGGUACAGAGGCAGGACAAAUAUGAUUCCACCUUCCAACCCUUUAUAUUGGAUGGUCAUAUUUCUCUCUCUAAAACAGAUGAGUGUUGUGUACCUGUUAAGAUCCUGCGUGAUACAGGAGCAGCUCAGUCUUUUAUUUCGAGUGAUGUACUUGAAUUUGGUGAACAAACCUUUUGUGGCUCUUCUGUAGUGGUGUGUGGGAUUGAGCUGAUCCCUGUAAGUGUGCCAUUGCAUUGUAUCCAUUUAAAUUCUGACUUAGUCAGCGGAAUGGUUCGGAUAGCAGUGAGAACCAAGUUACCAGUUGAAGGGGUAGAUGUCAUUUUGGGUAAUGACCUUGCUGGUGGAAAAGUGUUCCCUGUGCCUGAGGUAGUGGCUGAUCCUACUCUGAAUGAGUUAGAUGAACUACAAAAGGAAUUUCCUUCUGUUUUUCCUGUGUGUGCCACUACCCGUUCCCAAAGCUCUAAGGAGGAAGAAGUAAUUGACAUAGGCAACUUCUUUACUAGUGUUCAAAGUAAAGAAGAGUCUUCAACUUCUCCUCUAGAUGCCUCUGAAUGCAAACUGACCCAGGUUUCCGAUGGUUGCUUUGAACUGUCCCUUCCUGUUGAUAGGGCAGAAUUGGUGUCUGCCCAGGAAGCGGACCCCUCUCUUGCUAAAUGCAGAUCUGCAGUGGUAGACUCCGCACAAAUUCCUGCGAACCCUGUUGCUUUCUAUUUGCAUGGUAGUGUUUUAAUGAGGAAAUGGGCACCCUCUACAGAGUCAAAAGAUUGGAACAGUGUUUACCAAGUUGUUGUACCUGAGCAGUACAGGGCUUUUGUACUAAACUUAGCACAUGAUCAUGUGAUGGCUGGACAUCUAGGCAUUAAUAAAACAUAUACGCGUAUUCUGCAGCAUUUCUUUUGGCCAGGUCUCAAGGCCGAUGUGGUAAAAUACUGUAACUCAUGCCAUGUGUGUCAGGUUGCUGGUAAACCAAAUCAGAGCAUCCCUCCUGCUCCCCUAUGUCCAGUACCUGCUGUUGGUGAGCCUUUUGAACAUUUGUUGUUGGAUUGUGUUGGUCCUCUCCCUAAGACUAAGAGUGGUAAUCAGUAUUUACUUACAAUCAUGUGUCUGUCUACCCGUUUUCCUGAUGCCUUCCCACUGCGUACCAUUACUGCCAAGUCAGUUUCUAGAGCACUUGUACGUUUCUGCUCUGUUUUUGGAUUGCCAAAAACCAUCCAAACUGACAAGGGCACCAACUUUACAGCAAAGCUGUUUGCCCAAGUGCUUCACCAACUGAAUGUUGAGCAUAAAACUUCCUCUGCCUUUCACCCUGAGUCUCAAGGAGCUCUUGAACGGUUUCAUCAAACCCUAAAAACUCAGCUGCGUAUUUUUUGUCUAGAAACUGGAAAAGACUGGGAUGAGGGGUUGCCUCUCCUAAUGUUUGCUCUUAGAGAAGUUGUGCAAGAGUCAACUGGCUUUAGCCCUGCUCAGCUUGUGUUCGCACACACAGUGCGUGGUCCCUUAAAACUGCUGAAGGAUCAGCUUUUGGGUGAAAAAGGUGCUCUGCAAAGUAAUUUGUUAGAUUUUGUUGGCAAAUUUCGUGAAAGGCUCCAUAAAGCAUGUGAGGUUGCCCAGAGGUCCCUUUUGUCUGCACAAUCUUCCAUGAAAGAACAUUUUGAUAAACAGGCAGUACACAGAGAGUUCAAGCCUCAUGACCAGGUGUUAAUUCUAUUACCUGUGUCUGGUUCUGCCCUACACACCAAGUUCUCAGGUCCUUAUGAAGUGGUUAAGAAAUUAAGUGAAGUCAAUUAUGUAGUCUCUACUCCUGACCGUAAACGACGGCACCGUGUAUGCCACAUCAAUAUGCUGAAACCAUACUUGGUUCGUGAAGAUUCGCCCUCUGCUAGCAUUAAGCCUGCUCUGGUCUCUGUGGUGUCUGAACCAGAAAGUGUAACUAACGUUGAUGAUGAAUUAAUGCAAUCAUCUGUUUCUGUUCUGUCUGCCCAUCUUCAGAAUUCUGAGUUGCUGCCCACAAUUGAUUCACACCUGCAACAUCUCCCCGAAGAUGCUCGCGCUGACUUGAAGAUGGAGCUGUCCUGAGCUGCUGGGUGCUGAAGAUGAAGCCCUUCCUGGAGAGAGAAUAAAAAGGAGGGAAAAUGAA